AUGGUCAACGGUGAGGGAAUCGAAUGGUUCCCCGUUCAUAAGAAUAUUGAGCUAGCAAGUGCCGCAUUCUUGGCUUCCGUGGAAAAAGAAACCCCAAAAGGCGAGCCGACGUCGUCAAACUCCGGCAUCAUUGCGUGGAUGGCCCUCAAAGGGGCUUCGCACGUCAGUCUAGGGUGA